AUGGCCCCGAUUGCCAUCUCUCCAGAGCGAGAUCCUGCCCCGCAGGUGGGGUCCUUGACAACGUCCUUUGACGACACCAUCCGCUUCUACCUCAACGGCACAAAGGUCAUCCUCGACGAGAUCGACCCUGAGGUGACCCUGUUGGAAUAUCUCCGGGGCAUUGGGUUGACCGGGACAAAGCUUGGGUGCGGUGAAGGUGGAUGCGGUGCCUGCACGGUUGUCAUCAGCCAGUACAACCCAACCACCAAGGAGAUUUACCACGCAUCCGUCAAUGCCUGUCUGGCGCCGCUGGCCAGCGUGGACGGCAAGCAUGUCAUCACGAUUGAGGGAAUCGGCAAUGUCAAGCGGCCACACCCGGCCCAGGAGCGUGUGGCCAAGGGCAACGGAAGCCAGUGCGGUUUCUGCACCCCCGGCAUUGUCAUGAGUCUGUAUGCCCUGCUGCGCAACAACGAGAGCCCUACCGAGCACGAUAUCGAGGAGGCUUUCGACGGUAACCUGUGCAGAUGUACCGGGUACCGGCCGAUUCUCGACGCCGCCCAGACCUUCAGCGUCCAGAAAGGCUGCGGCAAGGCAACGACGAAUGGGGGAUCCGGAUGCUGCAUGGAGAAUGGAAAUGGCGCAGAUGGCUGCUGCAAGAACAAGAGCCUGGACGAUGGCCAGCCGAUCAAGAGGUUCACGCCGCCUGGCUUCAUCGAGUACAAACCAGACACCGAGCUCAUCUUCCCGCCGGCUCUCAAGAAGCACGACUUCAAGCCCCUGGCUUUCGGCAACAAGAGAAAGAGGUGGUACCGCCCCGUCACCCUGGACCAGCUGCUGGAGAUCAAGAGCGUCUACCCGACGGCCAAAAUCAUUGGCGGAAGCACCGAGACCCAGAUCGAAAUCAAGUUCAAGGCCAUGAAGUACCCCGUCUCCGUCUUCGUUGGCGAUAUUCCAGAACUACGACAGUUCUCUUUAAAGGACGAUCAUAUUGAAAUUGGCGGCAAUGUUAUCCUCACUGACCUGGAGAAUAUCUGUGAGCAAGCCCUGGAGCACUAUGGCCCGGAGAAAGGACAAGUCUUUUCGGCGAUGUUCAAACAGCUCAAAUACUUUGCUGGGCGGCAGAUCAGGAAUGUCGGAACACCAGCAGGCAACCUCGCUACUGCGUCACCUAUCUCAGAUCUCAACCCUGUCCUAAUGGCAGCAGAUGCCGUGCUCAUCGCCAAGUCGCUGGAGAAGACAACAGAAAUCCCAAUGUCUCAGUUCUUCAAGGGCUAUCGUCGAACAGCACUCACCCCUGAUGCAAUCAUUGCAUCUAUUCGAAUCCCGAUCACGCAGAAGAACGAGUAUUUCAGAGCAUACAAGCAAGCGAAGAGGAAAGACGAUGAUAUUGCUAUUGUCACUAGUGCACAGAGGGUGCGGCUAGAUGAUGACGGUGUGAUCGAGGAAGCCAAUCUUGUCUAUGGUGGCAUGGCGCCGUUCACAGUUGCCGCGAAACAAGCGAACGAGUUCAUGGUGGGCAAGAAAUUCGCAGAUCUCGAGACACUUGAGGGCACGAUGAAUGCGUUGGAGAAAGAUUUCAACCUGCAAUUCGGCGUCCCUGGCGGUAUGGCUUCAUACAGAAAGGCCCUUGCCUUGAGUCUGUUCUAUCGGUUCUAUCAUGAGGUAAUGCUCAGCCUCGGUGAUAUCAAGAACCUAGACGAGCAGGCGGUAGAGGAGUUGGAGCGAGAGAUAUCCACGGGUGAGACGGAUGGGUCAGCGACCAUGGCAUACGAGAAAGUCAUCCUAGGAAAGGCAAACCCUCAUGUUGCUGCUUUGAAGCAGACAACUGGAGAGGCGCAGUAUACCGACGAUAUCCCACCGUUGGCAAACGAACUCCACGGCUGCCUCGUUUUGUCAACUAAAGCUCACGCUAAGAUCACCUCUAUCGACUAUUCUGCUGCAUUGGAAAUACCCGGCGUGGUUGAUUACAUUGACAAGGACGAUUUCCCGACGCCAGAUGCCAACCACUGGGGAGCACCUCAUUUCGAAGAGGUCUUCCUCGCAGAAGACGAGAUCUACACCACCGGUCAGCCUAUUGCCCUCAUUCUCGCAAAGACGGCGUUGAAGGCAGCCGAGGGUGCUCGUGCUGUCAAGGUGGAGUAUGAGGAGCUUCCUGCGAUCUUCUCUAUGGAAGAGGCUAUUGAGAAGGAGAGUUUCUUCAACUUCUUCAGGGAAAUCAAGAAGGGCGAUCCGGAAGAGGCGUUCAAGAACUGCGACUACACAUUCACCGGCAUUGCACGCAUGGGUGGUCAAGAGCAUUUCUACCUUGAGACUAAUGCCUGCAUUGCGAUACCCAAGCCGGAGGAUGGCGAGAUGGAGAUCUUCUCCAGCACGCAAAACUGCAACGAAAUGCAAGUUUUCGCUUCAAGAGCUCUUGGAGUUUCAGCAAACAAGGUGGUCGUGAAAGUCAAACGCUUGGGUGGUGGUUUCGGCGGCAAGGAGACCAGAUCUAUCCAACUCAGCACAAUCCUGGCAGUCGCCGCCAACAAAACCAGAAAACCAGUACGAUGUAUGCUAACCCGUGAGGAAGACAUGGUGACAUCUGGCCAAAGGCAUCCGUUCCUUGGCAAGUGGAAGGUCGGAGUCAACAAGGACGGCAAGAUCCAAGCGCUCGACCUGGAUAUUUUCAACAACGGUGGCUGGAGUUGGGAUCUGAGCGCGGCAGUCUGCGAAAGAGCGCUAAGUCACAGCGAUGGCUGCUAUCUGAUUCCUAACAUACAUGUCCGCGGUCGCAUCUGCAAGACCAACACUAUGUCAAACACCGCCUUCCGUGGCUUCGGUGGUCCUCAGGGCAUGUUCAUCGCAGAGACUUACAUGGACGAGGUUGCCGACCGCUUGGGCAUGGCCCCUGAGAAAUUCCGAGAGAUCAAUUUCUACAAGGACAACCAGGAGACGCAUUUCAACCAGCCUCUCACGGACUGGCACGUUCCACUAAUGUACAAGCAAGUACAAGAGGAGUCAAACUAUGCCGCCCGGAAGGAAGCGAUUCGCAAGUUCAACGACACCCACAAAUGGCGCAAACGAGGCAUCAAUCUGAUUCCGACCAAGUUUGGUAUUUCCUUCACUGCUCUGUGGUUCAAUCAAGCAGGUGCUCUUGUGCAUAUCUAUCAUGAUGGCUCGAUUUUGGUUGCUCACGGUGGUACUGAGAUGGGUCAGGGGCUGCACACCAAGAUGUCGAUGAUUGCGGCAGAAGCACUCCAGGUGCCUCUCGACACGGUCUUCAUUUCUGAAACCGCCACAAACACCGUUGCCAAUGCGUCUGCUACGGCCGCGUCUGCUUCAUCUGACCUGAACGGGUACGCCAUCUUCAACGCUUGCGCUCAGCUCAAUGAGCGGCUUGCCCCUUACCGAGAGAAGCUUGGCCCAUCCGCAACGAUGAAGGAGCUUGCCCAUGCCGCAUACUUCGACCGUGUCAAUCUCUCUGCUCAGGGUUUCUACAAGACGCCGGAGAUUGGCUACACAUGGGGCGAGAACAAGGGCAAGAUGUUCUUCUACUUCACUCAAGGUGUUGCCGCUGCUGAAGUGGAGAUUGAUACCCUUACUGGUACCUGGACAUGUCUCCGCGCUGACAUCAAGAUGGAUGUUGGUCGCAGUAUCAACCCCUCUAUCGACUAUGGCCAGAUUCAAGGCGCUUUUGUCCAAGGCCUAGGCUUGUUCACUAUGGAGGAGUCGCUUUGGCUUCGCAACGGUCCUCAGGCUGGUAUGCUCUUCACGCGCGGCCCAGGCGCGUACAAGAUCCCUGGCUUCCGAGAUGUACCGCAAGUCUUCAACGUUAGUCUUCUAAAGGACGUGGAGUGGAAGGAUUUGCGCACGAUCCAGCGCAGCCGCGGUGUCGGCGAGCCGCCCCUGUUCAUGGGCAGCGUCGUCUUUUUCGCGAUCCGUGACGCACUGAAGGCCGCGCGAGAGCAGUACGGCGUCGCCGCCAAGGUCGGUUCAGAGGGCGGCGAAGGAGACGGGCUGCUGCGGCUGGAGAGCCCGGCGACGCCGGAGCGCAUCAGGUUGGCUUGUGUGGAUCCCAUCAUGGAGAGGGCGCGUGUGCUGCCGAAGGAAGGGGAGAAGAAUUUCUUCAUUGCUAUCUGA